AUGAAGUGGACUGUGGUGUGGUUGUGUUUCUUCAGUUUUGCUGUUGAAAUCCAGGCCACACUGGCUGACAACCAUGUCAACAACAUCUGCAGCACUUGGGGCAAGCAGCACUUUAAGACCUUUGAUGGUGAUGUGUUCCAGUUUCCUGGCUUGUGUGAGUACAAUCUGGUCAAAGACUGCAGCGAAUCUGAGAAGAAGUUUUCUGUGCACAUUAGACGAGAAGAAAAUGAUGGAAAUAUUACAGUGAGUUAUGUUGUGGUCACCAUUUCUGAAAAUACAUUCAACCUAACCAAGACUGAGGUCACCGAAAAUGAGAAUCCAGUCACUCUGCCACACUACAGCGGGGGAGUAAAGGUGGAAGAAAAUACAUUUUACAUCAGGCUUCGAGCAACAAAAGUCGGCAUAACUGUCAUGUGGAACCGUGAAGAUGCAGUCAUGGUUGAGGUUUCAAAUGAAUACAAGAACAAAACUUGUGGCCUUUGUGGAGAUUUCAAUGGCGUUCCUGUUUAUGAUGAGUUCAUGAAUAAUGGUUUUAAAAUGACUCCCAUUGAGUUUGGAAUCAAACACAGAGUCAAUCUGCCAAAUGAUGAAUGCAAAGACCCUCAUGUGGAAGAUGAUGAAUCAAAUGAAACCAUCUGUGAACAAAUGUUUGAAGGGGAUUCCUGGAGUUCAUGCGCCAGCCUGAUUGAUGCUGAAGCUUUCAUCAAGGCAUGUGUGGUAGACAUGUGUGCCUGUAACAACGGCAGCGGUGACUUAUGUGUCUGCAGCACAAUGUCUGAGUUUUCUCGUCAGUGUUCGCACGCAGGAGGACAGCCACCCAACUGGAGGAGACCUGAUUUCUGUGGUAAACAGUGUCCCUACAACAUGACAUAUGAAGAAAGUGCUUUUCCUUGCAUGGAUACUUGCACACAUCAGGACACAAGAUUGUGUGAGGACCAUAAAACAGAUGGCUGCUUUUGUCCUUCUGGAACGGUGUUUGAUGAUAUUUCUGAGAGGGGCUGCGUCCCUCGGUCUGAGUGUCAGUGCAAGCAUGACAAAAUCUACAACUCUGGAGAGACUUACCGUCAAGAAAAUACAAACUGUACUUGUUCAGAGGGGAAGUGGGAGUGCGAUUCUUUCGAGACCCCGGCGACAUGUGCAGUAGAGGAAGGUUUACAUUUCACAACAUUUGAUGGUGCAACCUAUACCUUUCAUGGAAAUUGUCUUUAUACCCUGGCCAAGGUGGAGAGCCAGGAUGGAUUAAGUCCAAACUUUACUAUCCGGGCCCAAUUGGAACAAUGUGCAGGAAAAAAAUCUGAUAUUUGUCUAAAGGCUCUUAAAAUCCAUCUGGGCAUAGAUAAUGUGAGUACUAAUUUUACAUCUGAGGGAAAAGUUCAACAGAAUAAUGAGGACAUCAGUUUGCCAUAUUACUCAGGCGACAUCAGAAUAUUUCAUGCUUCAUCCUUUCAUAUCUUGCUCAACGCUAAGUUCGGACUCCAAAUUCAGAUCCAGCGUGUUCCUGUCAUGCAAGCCUACAUCAGUCUGGAAAGCAGCUACAAAGAAAAGACUCGUGGUUUAUGUGGAAACUACAACAUGGCUUUGAAUGAUGAUAUGACGACUCCUCAAGGGAGCCAAGAAGGAACUGCUGUAACUUUUGGUAAUUCUUGGAAGGCCGACCAAACAUGCCCUGACGCAGGCAAAGAACUUGAAGACCCAUGUUCCGACAGUAUGAUAACUGAGAAUUAUGCCAGGCACUGGUGCGAAACGCUCAGAAAUUCCAAUGGUACAUUUGCAAAUUGCCAUUCAGCGGUGAAUCCUGACUAUUACUACAAGCGCUGUCUUUAUUCCACCUGCAACUGUGAGAAAAGUGAUGACUGCUUAUGUGCUGUUUUCACCUCUUAUGGUCGAGCUUGUGCAGCAAAGGGAAAGUUUGUGACCGAUUUUGGAAACGAAUGUGAGAAACACACAAAGAGCUGUCCAUCAACUCAGAUCUUCACUUACAACCACCGCAGAUGCCAGCUGACCUGUAGUUCACUGAGCUCAGAUCAGCUGAGCUGCACUUCAAAUUUCUUGCCUGUGGUUGGCUUUUGCCCUGAUGGUCUCUACCUGAAUGAAAAAGACAUUUGUGUACCCAAAGAAGAAUGUUCCUGUUCCCAUAAAGGACAAUACAUUGAAGCAGGAACGUCUGUCAACAUCAAUUCUGAGCACUGUGUGUGCGACAAUGGAAUGCUUCACUGCCAUUCCCAGAAAAACCAGUCCUUGGGAUGCAUCAGAAUGUGUAUCCGGCUGCAUGUGUCCUACUGA